AUGUCCUGCCGCUCCUACCGAGUCAGCUCUGGUCGCCGGGUGGGCGGCUUCAGCUCUUGCUCAGCAGUGACACCCCAGAACUUGAACCGCUUUCGGGCCAGCUCUGUCUCCUGCAGGAGUGGGUUCGGCUUCCGUGGCCUUGGUGGCUUUGGUAGUCGGAGCAUCACCUUUGGAUCAUGCUCACCCCGGAUAGCAGCUGUAGGACCUCGUCCUAUCCACUGUGGAGUUGGCUUCGGUGCUGGCAGUGGGGCAGCCUUUGGCUUUCGUGAUGGAAGUGCCGUUGGUCUAGGGUAUGGCGCUGGCAGUUGUGUUGGCCUGGGGUUUGGAGCCGGCGGUGGCCUUGGCUAUGGCUUCGGCGGCCCUGGCUUUGGCUACAGAGUUGGAGGACUUGGAGUCCCAGCAGCCCCAUCUAUCACAGCUGUGACUGUUAACCAGAGCCUGCUGACCCCUCUCAACCUGGAGAUUGACCCCAAUGCCCAGAGAGUGAAGAGGGAUGAGAAGGAGCAAAUCAAGACCCUCAACAACAAAUUUGCCUCCUUCAUUGACAAGGUGCGGUUCCUGGAGCAGCAGAAUAAGCUCUUAGAGACCAAGUGGCACUUCCUCCAAGAGCAGAAAUGCACCAGGAGCAAUCUGGAGCCCCUCUUUGAGAACUACAUCACCAUGCUGCAGAGGCAGCUGGAAUCAGUGAGUGGCGACAAGGUCCGGCUUGAGGCAGAGAGGAACCAUAUGCAGGACGUCCUGGAGGGCUUCAAGAAGAAGUAUGAGGAGGAGGUGGUAUUCCGGGCCAAUGCUGAGAAUGAAUUUGUGGCUCUGAAGAAGGAUGUGGAUACAGCUUUCUUAAAUAAGUCUGAUCUAGAAGCCAACGUGGAUGCACUAGUGCAAGAGAUUGACUUCCUGAAAACUCUGUACAUGCAGGAAAUCCAGUUGCUGCAGUCGCACAUCUCAGAGACCUCGGUCAUUGUGAAGAUGGACAACAGCCGGGACCUGAACCUCGACGGGAUCAUUGCCGAGAUCAAGGCCGAGUAUGAGGAGAUCGCCAGGCGCAGCCGGGCCGACGCUGAGGCCUGGUACCAGACCAAGUAUGAGGAGAUGCGGGUGACAGCCGGCCAGCACUCUGACAACCUGCGCAGCACGCGGGAUGAAAUCAACGAGCUGACCCGUCUGAUCCAGAGGCUGACAGCAGAGAUCGAGCACACCAAGGCUCAGCGUGCCAAGCUGGAGGCCGGGGUGGCCCAGGCGGAGCAGCAGGGUGAGGCGGCCCUCAACGAUGCCAAGUGUAAGUUGGCUGAGCUGGAGGCCGCCCUGCAGCAGGCCAAGCAGGACAUGGCCCAGCAGCUGCGUGAGUACCAGGAGCUGAUGAAUGUCAAGCUGGCCCUGGACAUCGAGAUCGCCACCUACAGGCGCCUGCUGGAGGGCGAGGAGAGCCGGAUCUGUGAAGGUGUCGGACCAGUGAACAUAUCGGUGAGCAGCUCCCGGGGCGGCGUGGUGUGCGGGCCCGAGCCCUUCCCCAGCGGCGCCGUCUCCCGCGGCGCGGUCGUCUUCUCCAGCAGCAGCAGCUCCCGCUCCACCGGCGGGGUCCUGACUUCCGGCGGCGUCUGUGCCUCGAGCCUGGGCGGGGCCCGGGUCGCCGCGGCCGGCGGGGAGCUGCUGAGCUCGGGCGCCAGGGGCGGCUCCGUGAUCGUGGGCGAGGCCUGCGUCCCCAGCGCCCCCUGCCCCCUGCCCAGCCAGCGGGGCUUCAGCAGCUGCAGCGGCGGCCGCAGCGUCCGCUUCGUCACCUCCACCACCUCCCGCCAGACCAAGUUCUGA